CGGGCGAGGCGGCGGGUAGUGUCCGAUAAAUUUAUGUGAAAGACAUUGGUCGUCUUUAACUUAUUUUCACAGUAAAUCAUUUGCUUAAUUAGAACAAUCGUGAACCAUAAAUUUCUAAUUUAUAUCACAAAUAAUUUAUAGAGCGAGGCCCUCUGCCAGCAAAGUUCAUUGCCAAUGGAGGUUAAUAAUGCAGCGAAAAGCAAAAUCAAUGUGGAUACAAAUGGAGCAAGAGCAGUCUUCGAUCGAUUUCAUAAUCCAGGAACAGACUCCUACUUUUCCACUAACCUUAACAAGCCUCAGAAUAGCUUCAAAGACAGCGGAUUCUUGUCAUACAACCCAUUCUCGGACUGCCCGGUGCAAGACUGUGCACCACUGCCUUACACAGUUUGGCCAACUCAGGAAGAUGACUGUAAAUCAGGGAACUGGCCUCAAGUCGUACCUAAUAACAGAAAUCUGGUAGAUGCCUAUAAUUGUGGGAGUGAGGCUGAUCUUUAUGGAUUAGUGUCAGACAUAUUAGACGAACCAGAUUCAAUGGACCCAUACUCCUCGUAUGUCUCAGAGAAUAGGCUAUCAACUAGUCUGAAAGGUGUCUGGUCUCCAAAGUUAACAAGAGAAGACAGGAUGCAAUACUUCAGUAAUGAGGUACAGAUGCCGCCCAUUUCCGGAUUCCCAUCAAACCAGAAUUGUCCUAAACCAGCCAGCAAUAUUUCUUCUCAGCCUGCAGGUAGAGAAUCUGAUCAGUGGGCUGAACUUCAGAAUUGUAAUGGUUUUGAAUCUUUUGCACUUCCCUGCAAUUUCCCCACCUGUAAUGGAGAGGUUGACACAUAUUCUCCUCAAGAUCUUCCUGCCCCCCCAGGCCUGAACACACCCCCAGCGUUCAGCUCUACCCUCUACCAGACCAGGGCUGGUAAACCUGAAUAUAUUACACCUGAGAAGGAUGAAGGAUACCGCAGCACCACUAACUGCCUGUCUGGUUAUAUAAACACAGUCAACAACUCCUUUUGCCCUCCGCAAACAAUGGAUGACUCCUAUUUCAGUUCAUCUCAUGAAUUUUCAUAUGUGAGCAAAGAUAAACUGAAAAACACCCAAUCGUUCUCCAUGCAGGAUGUCAGUAAACUGGCCUUUCUCUUGGCAGAGCAGGAUAUGAACUAUUGCAGAGAUUCUACCCAGAAUGGACUUGUAGCACAGAGGAAUCUUGAGGAAAUCAUGGCAGAGCAGAAGAGUCAUCCUUUUCAAAGAAUGUCAGAGUUUAUUACUCAAACGCAAAAUUUUAGGAGAGAGCCACCACGCACCCAAAGCGGAGCUAAAGUAGUGGAUAAAAAACAAAGUCAUUAUACUACGAAUGAGUUUUCAAGCUUUGGGCCACCAAAACCUUUUACUCCUACCAUCGUUCCUCCAGCACUUCACCCAAACAAAGAAGCUGGUCUGAUAGGAAGCAGCACAGCUCAAACCAGUGUGAAGCAGUACCAGCCUAUCCAGUCAAACCAGUACCAAAUGCAAGCUAAGAUUUCAGCAAAGACCAGCAGCAACAACGAGGGGUUUGCAAAGCCAUUGCUUCCGUCUCAGCAGUUGUUCCGGCCUGCAGCAAGAGUCCCAGCUGAUUUAAGUCAGGGGAACAUGGUAAAUCUACAUGGUGCGAUAGGCCAGAACAAUCUUGAGGAUUUAAGGAAGGGAGCGGGAAAUGUGGAUAUUUCAGAUCUUGACCUCCAGCUGGAGAACAACAGCUUGCCGGCGGGCCUCAUGGUCGACGGGCGUUUCUCUCAGCGAUUUAGCAUGAAACCCAAAUUUUCUGGUUUCCCUAAACAGGCAGACAAAAAAACAGGACUCCUGCAGAAUCCAUUUCAGGGGCUGGGCAGUUUGUAUGCAGGACAAAUGAGACACAACGGAGCGAUUUCAAACUCAGCCACAGCGACACCAUCACAACUUUUCCCAUUUCUGUACCAGAUGGGUGAUCCCAGAAAAAACACUUGCCACCCGAUUCAGUCGCAGUCCCAGUUGCCCUACUGCUCUGUGCCCUUCAUCGACAUGAAUGAACGUCUGCCGGAUGGAGAUAUUUCACCCUUCAGCCCCUAUCUACAAGAAUGUAUUGGGCUAAGCCAAGCAUCCAGAGAUGGGUCGUUCUCCGGGUUUCUGUCAGACAUGACUUUACCUAAGUUUGGCAAGGCGUUCGGAAGCCCCAGCAGUCAGCUGCACUUUUACCUGGAAGAAUGUUACGAGCAGUGGAGGAUGCUGGAGAAAGAGAGAAAGCAAGCAGAAGCUGUUCUUUCUAAGACUUAUCCAGGAAAACGCCUGUCUGUGGUGACCAGUAGUGUUUUACCCAAAAUACCUCCAAACCCUACCAGACUGGACCGCCUCAUUGUAGACCAGCUACGUGAACAGGCCAGGGUGACAGGUUUGCUAGGCAAGAUGGAACAGUUGCGCAGUUCUCCGCUUCAUGCUAAUAUUGGCUCAACAUUGGACAGGCAUCUGGAGGUCAUCUACGUCACUCAGGCACGCCGCAAGGACGAAUUCAUCAAUGCCAGCAGCAGACAGAGGCAGCCAGCGGCCUUCUUUAGAGAGGACAGGGAGAUACUUCUGUUGGCAUCUGCAGUAAAUGACCUGUGCAGCAGCACCAGGAAGGCCCGGACCGCUCUUUGGUGUGCACUGCAAAUGACUUUGCCCAAAACAAACAGUUACCCAGAGGAGAGAGACGAGAUGGGUACCUGCUCAGGCCAAGACAGUCCUGAACAAAGCAGCUUGGAGUGAGCACUGAUUACCCUGUGAUCACUUUCUGGCAGGUUUACAGUUUUUUUUUGUGUUUGUGUUUUUUGACACAAAGCAACAUUGAUCUAACCUGUCCAAAAAGGCAAAAGAAGUGAUUGCAUUUUAAGAAGAAUUAAUGAGUUAAGUUAUUUCACUAUAGCGAUAUGUUAGGCUCAGUUGUGGGCAGCAAAUGGAACUCAGUUCAUUAAUAUUUAUCAGUCUUCUGUGAAAACCACCAAUCAGAUUAUCAAAUUCUCCAAAACACAUGGAAUUAUGGCAGUAAGAUCAGUACUGAGCUAUUUUGUCCAAGGAGAACUGCCAGUGAAAAAACGUUUUGAGAGAGUAUGAAAGAAUGAUUUAAGAGAUGAAAUGAGAAGAGCGACUUUUAACUGGCUAGUGGUGAUAAUGGUACAGAAUGUUUGGCAAGAGUAAGAUUUGUGGCUUUGGAGGAUAAUGGGGUAUUUUUACCCCAUUGACCUAGAAAUGUAUAAAUAGUUACACAAGAAGCAAAAAAAUAUUUGUGUUAAAGAUUUUUUUGACAGUUUAAUUAGUGUCUCUUACAGCCAAUUCAAAAGCUAAUUUUAGGUCCAGUGAUACACACAUUCAGGCAAAAAACAAUAUUUAUGAUCAUCAGGACGUGUUCCAGUUGUCCUUUUAUUUUAUUUAUUUAUAUGCAUCUUUGGCAUCAGCACGGUUUUUAGUAGCCUCACUGCAAAUCUUUCCCAAAUCUGUUUUUGUUUUUCUCAAUUCUCAGUGUUUCAUCUCUAUCUUUCAAUGUAUAUGUCAUCAAAUUGUCUGUGAUGUAAGGAUACUGAAUAGCUGAGAGUAACAACUCACGGACUGAAAUGAUGUCAACAACAGGUUACUAGAAAAUGCUACAGGCUGAUAGUUCAUAUGACGUGUACUCGUACUUGCCUUU